UUCAGCGCAGGCUGCUGACAGUGGCAGCGGCAGCGUGCACGGCGUGGCGUGGUGGAAGGUGCGGGCCUUGGGGCAAGGUAGAGGGCAAUGUUGACAGGGGACAAGGCACCAGGAAGCUUUGAGACGACUUAGUUUGCCGCAUGAUUUUUCACUUCGCCUACAUUGGGAUCUUUAUAGCGAUGUCUGGGUCCACCCCCUUGGAGCAGCAGUGUGUUACGGACACAGGAAGGGCUCGCGGAGCUCAAGGUUGUGAAAUGUGCUCGCAAGAGGAUUUCCAGGCACAGAGAAGCCAGCUGGUGGGGCUGCUGGUCUCGGGGUCCCUGGAAGGCUUCGAGAGCAUCCUGGACUGGCUGCUGUCCUGGGAAGUCCUCUCCCGGGAGGACUACGAGGGCCUCAGCCUCCUGCGCCAGCCUCUGUCCCAGUCGGCCAGGCGCCUCUUAGACACCGUCUGGAACAAGGGUGCUUGGGGCUGCGAGAAGCUCACCGCGGCUGUCAGGGAGGCCCAGGCCGACAGCCAGUCCCCAGAGCUGCGUGACGGCUGGGACCCCCACUCACUCCACCCAGCGCGGGACCUGCAGAGUCACCGGCCAGUCAUCGUCAGGAGGCUGUACAGGCAUGUGGAGGGCGUGCUGGACCUGGCGCGGGAGCGGGGCUUCCUCAGCCAGUACGAAUGUGACGAAAUCAGGUUGCCCAUCUUCACGUCCUCCCAGAGGGCGAGAAGGCUGCUCGAUCUUGCCACAGUGAAGACAAAUGGAUUGGCUGCCUUCCUUCUACAACAUGUUCAGGAAUUACCGGUCCCACUGGCCCUGCCUUUUGAAGCUGCCGCAUGUAAGAAGUACGUGUCCAAGCUGAGGACCACGGUAUCCGCUCAGUCUCGCUUCCUCAGCACCUACGACGGGGCGGAGACCCUCUGCCUGGAGGACGUAUACACGGAGAACACCCUGGAGGUGCGGGCGGAGGUGGGCAUGGCCGGACUCCCGCAGAAGAGCCCUGCCACCCUGGGCCUGGCGGAGCUCUUCAGCACCCGCAGCCCCCUCAACGAGGACGCGGACACUGUGCUGGUGGUGGGCGAGGCGGGCAGCGGCAAGAGCACGCUCCUGCAGCGGCUGCACUUGCUGUGGGCUGCGGGGCGGGACUUCCAGGAAUUUCUCUUCGUCUUCCCAUUCAGCUGCCGGCAGCUGCAGUGCGUGGCCAAACCGCUGUCCGUGCGGACGCUGCUCUUUGAGCACUGCUGUUGGCCGGAUGCCGGCCAGCAGGACAUCUUCCAGUUCCUCCUUGACCACCCCGACCGCGUCCUGUUAACCUUUGAUGGCUUUGAUGAGUUCAGGUUCAGGUUCACGGAUGGUGAACGUCACUGCUCUCCCACCGACCCCACGUCUGUCCAGAACCUGCUCUUCAACCUCCUGCAGGGCAACCUGCUCAAGAACGCCCGCAAGGUGCUGACCAGCCGGCCGGCGGCCGUGUCGGCGCUGCUCAGGAAGUUCGUCCACACGGAGUUCAGCCUCAAGGGCUUCUCGGAGGAGGGCAUCGAGCUGUACCUGAGGAAGUGCCACCGUGAGCCUGGGGUGGCGGAACGCCUCAUCCGCCUGCUCCAAGCGACCUCAACCCUGCACGGUUUGUGCCACCUUCCCGUCUUCUCGUGGAUGGUGUCCAAAUGCCACCAGGAACUGUUGCUGCAGGAAGGGGGCUCCCCGAAGACCACCACGGAUAUGUACCUGCUGAUCCUGCAGCACUUUCUGCUGCGUGCGUCCCCGCCAGACGCAGCCUCCUGCGGUCUGGACCCCGGCCUGCUUCGCGGCAGGCUGCCCACGCUCCUGCGCCUCGGCCGGCUGGCUCUCUGGGGCCUGGGCACCUGCUGCUACGUGUUCUCAGCCCAGCAGCUCCAGGCAGCACAGGUCAACUCUGAGGACGUUUCUCUCGGCUUCCUGGUGCGUGCCAGAAGUGUCGCGCCUGGGAGCGCGGCGUCCCUGGAGUUCCUGCACAUCACUUUCCAGUGCUUUUUUGCUGCCUUCUACCUGGUGCUCAGCGCUGACACGCCGCCAGCUGCAUUCAGACUCCUUUUCAACUGUCGCAGGCCGGGCAGCUCACCGCUGGCCAGGCUGCUGCCUGCGCUGUGUGUCCAGGGCACAGGGUGCACGGAGGACAGUGUGGCGGCUUUGCUGCAGGAGGCUGAGCCACACAACCUUCAGAUCACGGCCGCCUUCCUGGCGGGGCUGUUGUCCCGGGAGCAUCGCGGCCUGCUGGCUGAGUGCCAGGUGUCCGAGAAGGCCCUGCUCCGGCGCCAGGCCUGUGCCCGCUGGUGUCUGGCCCGCAGCCUCCGCAAGCACUUCCACUCCAUCCCGCCAGCCGUGCCGGGUGAGGCCAAGAGCAUGCACGCCAUGCCUGGGUUCGUCUGGCUCAUCCGGAGCCUGUACGAGAUGCAGGAGGAGCGGCUGGCACGCGAGGCUGUGCGCGGCCUGAACGUGGGGCACCUCAAGUUGACGUUUUGCAGCGUGGGCCCUGCUGAGUGUGCUGCCCUGGCCUUCGUGCUGCAGCACCUCCGGCGGCCUGUGGCCUUGCAGCUGGACCACAACUCUGUGGGUGACAUCGGCGUGGAGCAGCUGGUGCCUUGCCUUGGCGUCUGCAAGGCUCUCUAUUUGCGAGACAACAAUAUUUCAGACCGAGGCAUCUGCACGCUCAUCGAACACGUUCUUCACUGUGAGCAGCUGCAGAAGUUAGCUCUGUUCAACAACAAACUGACCGACGGCUGUGCACACUCCGUGGCCAGGCUCCUUGCGUGCAAGAGGAACUUCCUGGCAUUGAGGCUGGGCAACAACCACAUCACGUCUGCGGGGGCCCGGACGCUGGCAGAGGGGCUCCGAGGCAAUGCCUCCCUGCAGUUCCUGGGGUUCUGGGGCAACAGAGUGGGCGAUGAGGGGGCCCAGGCCCUGGCUGAAGCCCUAGGUGAUCACCAGAGCUUGAAGUGGCUCAGCCUGGUGGGGAACAAUAUUGGCAGUGCGGGUGCCCGAGCCCUGGCACGGAUGCUGGAAAAGAACUCCGCACUGGAAGAACUCUGCCUGGAGGAGAACCAUCUCCAGGAUGAAGGUGCGUGUUCUCUCGCGGAAGGACUGAAGAGAAAUUCCAGGCUGAAAGUCCUGAAGCUGUCCAACAACUGCAUCACCUCCCUGGGGGCAGAAGCCCUUCUGCAGGCCCUGGCAAGGAAUGACACCAUCCUGGAAGUCUGGCUCCGAGGGAACACUUUCUCUCAGGAGGAAACUGAGACGCUCAGCCACAGGGACGGCAGACUCUUGCUUUGAUGUCUCCAGGCGCAUGUUCAUCUCAGUUUGUUUGUGAGCAAGCCGUGGGUUUGGGCCCCAGAAGCUGGAUGACAUCUGACAGCAGCCUGUUCAGAUCGGGCCCCCUCCUGCCCAGGGCUGAAUUCGUGUUCUGGGAACACACCAGGUCACCCUUAUUCUGGCAGAGGAAGGAGCAUCAGUGCCCUCCAGAAUAGACUUUUCCCAAGCCUACUUUUGCCAUCAACGUCUUCCCAAGAUUCAGUCCUGGGAUGUACAAGAGGAGCAGCCCCUCUCUGUAGCAGGGGCCAGCCUCCCACUGAUCCUCCAGGGUUCUGCUCUGGGCUAGUGGGGCGCAUGGACGUGCCUGCUAACUGAGUGUCUCUUGGUGUAGAGACCUGGCCUUGCAUGAAAGACCCCUCCUAUUCCUCAGAAGAGAGGGGUAUUCAGGCAGCAUCUUUCUACCACAUCGACCCCUGGACCAUCCAUCCUGGCCAUUCCCCACCUCUGGUUCCUCCACUCAUCCCAGUCCUGUACAUGCUCCUUCCUUUGAGGCCGAGACACAGAAUGUCAGUGAUCUCAGCUUUCAUAUUUCACUUACACACCCUCGACCCUGGCACCCGGGGUAGGAAGGGCUGCAACUUAGCCUAUUCUCCUUUCUGGUGCUUAAGACAUCCUUGGAAGGGGGACAUGUGACAGCCAUUUGUUCCCCAAAACAUUCUGGAUUUGCAAGAAAAACAUGACCACACUCCAGCUGGUAUCACACGUGGACUUUUAUUUCCAGUGAAAUCAAUUACUCUUCAGUUAAGCCUUUGGAAACGGCCCCACUUAAAAAAGCUCCAAAUGCAGCUUUUUAAAAUUAAUCUGGGCCAGAAUUUCAAACGGUCCCCUAGGCUGCUGGUAGAUGCCUGUGAGCUGACCUCUGACAACAGACUUCUGAAAUAUAUCCGUAAGAGACAGUUCCAUUUUAUUUGUGCCAGAAUACUUUAGGUUAUACAGCUAUGGAUUGAAAGUUUACAAGGGCAAAAUCAGGCUCUUCCUUCUAAGCAAGUGUCUUUCUGGAUUAUUCAAAAUGAUGGAUGCCGAAGCCUUUGUAAAUUGUCAGGUGCUGUGCACAUGUUAUUAUUUUCAACAUUAUUAUGUGUGAAAACUGGUUAAUAUUUAUAAACUGCUUUGUUUUAUUCUCCCAAGUUUAUACUUUUAUAGGCAACGUGACCAUGAACUUCAUGCCGUAAAUAAUCACAGAGGAAUAAAUUAUGGAGUCAUC